UAACCCGGAUUAGUGAGACCGGGAAGGAGUCAGACGUAGUAGGAGAUUCGUGCCAGUGCUAGAUGCCGCAGCUCUGAAGAAGGCUUGUGAUCUGUGAGGGAAGUUAAAUCUCUGCAUUUUCCCCAGAUUCUUGUGGAAUCCAUCUUCCAUGGAUAAUCUCAAAUCUGUCGUGGAUGAGCACUUCGACCAAGUAGCAGAUCUUGUCCAAAAGUUGUCUUCGGAACUUCGCGCUGGCUUUCGCCCUGCUAUCGACAAUUUCUUGGGUUUUUUCCAUGCCAUCAAUUGGAAGGAACCUUGGCUAAUGGGCUUACUAGCAUUCCAUGUGGUGUUGCUGCUCGUCGUUAUAAUCUCAAGGAAGCAUACCAACUUUCAAAUGAGCUUGUUUUUAUUAGCAUUGGCUGGUGUGUAUCUUGCUGAGAGGCUUAAUAGUUUUCUGGGGAAGAACUGGAAGAGCUUUGCUGGGCAAAACUAUUUCGAUUCCCAUGGACUGUUUCUGUCAGUACUGUGGUCUGGGCCUCUUCUGGUCAUUGCAAUGAUAAUCUUGAUAAACACACUCUUCUCCUUGUGUUACAUGAUUGUUAGGUGGAAAAGAGCUGAGCUCAGACAUCGGGCAAGGCUAGCUCGCAGCAAGCAGGACUAGUUUGUUUCUAGCAGUAUUGUGCCUAUGAGCAGUUUUGUCCGGGCAGUUACAGCAAACAGCUGGGUGCACUUGGAAAGGUAACGGUGACCACCGCAAUAAUGUUGCCAACAACUUUAAUUAACAACGGCUAAGAUGAGACAUUCAUCUUUUGUAACGAGUGUGUUACGUUAGCAAUGCGGACGUAGCAUUUAAACCAUUCCCUGAUUUUCAAAGGAU